CUCUUGUGCUUGGAAUUGCUGCAUGCACGCUCUGCCUGUUCCUAUUUUACGUUUAACGACAGUGGCGGUUCUCUGAAUUUUAUAAAUGUGUUUUCGGUGUGAAAAGUAGUUGAAAAUCCAUGUUGUAUCGGUCCAUUAGCUAAGAAACAAUGGCAUCUACGGUCGAACAGUGUGAGAGUAAAUCUAUAGGUCCACUCUCAAGCACGUUGGAAAUGUUUGAUACAUUUAAAAACGCGCAGGACGAUGAUAAAGAUUCUGACGAAGAAAGUUUUCACCUUCCACUGCUAGGCUGUGAUGACGAUAUGGAGAAUGGUAAAGACCUUUCUUCCGGAAAAGAUACUCCAAUGGGUGAAACUGAAGAUGAUAUUUUAAAUAAAUUUGAAACUCCGGUCACACCUGAUUUAGAUCCAAAACUAGAAGAGAAGAUUUUAAAUGAAGAUGAAAACGUUAUUAAAAUUAAUUGUAAUGAUACCAAAGUAAUUGACAGUAGUGUUGAUAAAAAUGGAGCCAAUGAAGAUGCACAGAGUGAAAAAGGUUCUAGCUUAAAUGACGACGGGUUCUUUCGUGAUUUGGAAUUGGUCGAUGAAAUUAAUGACAGCAGUCAUAACAGCGACGAAAUAAUAGAGAAUUUAGAAUCAGACAAAACAGAAAACAAAAGCAAGGAAUUAGAAAAUGAAGAACAAACUAUCGAACAAGUUCAAAAAGAUGAAAACUUGCAGACUGAUGAAAAUAAAGUAAAUGCUGAAAUAGUACAUAAUGACGAUAAUGAAUUAGAAAAUCCUAAAACUAAUACAUGCAUGGCUGAUAAAUCUAUUAAUAAUGAAGGUGACAAAAUAGAUCACAAAGAUGAGAUAAUAGAAAUCAAUGAAAUUGACGAAAUGGAAACCAAUAAUGAUAAUAAAACAGUCAGUGACGAUGAUAAAAUAGAAAUCAGUGAAGACGAGAAAAUAGAAAGCAAUAAAGAUGAGAAAAUUGAAAUUAAUGAAGAUGAGAAAAUAGAAAUAAUUGAAGAUGAGAAACUAGAAAUCAGUAAAGAUGAAAAAAUAGAAAUAAUUGAAAGUGAGAAAAUGGAAAGCAAUGAAGAUGAUAAAAUAGAAAUCAGUAAAAAUGAGAAAAUGGAAAGCAAUGAAGAUGAGAAAAUAGAAAUCAGUAACGAUGAGAAAAUGGAAAGCAAUGAAGAUGAGAAAAUAAAAAUCAAUGAAGAUGAGAAAAUAGAAAUCAAUGAAGAUGAGAAAAUGGAAAUCAAUGAAGAUGAGAAAAUAAAAAUCAAUGAAGAUGAGAAAAUAGAAAUCAAUGAAGAUGAGAAAAUGGAAAUUAUUGAUGAUGAGAAAAUGGAAGUCACUGAGGAUGAGAAAAUUGAAAUAAAUGAAGAGGAGAAAAUAAAAACCAGUGAAGAUGAGAAAAUAGAAUUCAAUGAAGAUGAGAAAAUAGAAAUCAAUGGAGAUAAGGAAAUAGAAAUCAAUGAAAAUGAGAAAAUAGAAAGCAAUGAAGAUGAAAAAAUUCAAAUCAAUGAAGAUGAAAAAAUAGAAAUCAUCGAAGAUGAGAAAAUAGAAAUCAUCGAAGACGAGGAUAAAGAAAUUAAAGAUGAGAAAAUAGGAAAUAAUGAUUCUGAGAAAAUAGAAGAUAAUAAUUCUGAGAAACUAGCAAACAAUGAUUCUGAGAAAAUAGAAGAUAAUUCUGAAAAAAUAGAAAACAAUGGUUCUGAGAAAACAGAAAACCAGGAAUCUGAGAAAAUAAAAGAUAGAGAUGAAAAAAUAGAAAACAAAGAAGAAAAUGUGAAAUUUCAGUCAAAUAGCGGUAUUUUAGAAGAAAUUGAACAGGAUAAAAGUACAAAUAAAAUUGGGUGCAAUGAUAUAAAUUUAGUUAAUAAUACUAGUCAAGAAGAACUGUUACUCAAUAAACAAGAUGAUGCAAAUCAGGAUCAGUCUAAAAAUAAUAUUGAAGAUCAUAAUGAAACAAAAAAUGAAAAUAGUCGAGAACCUUCUAAAGAAUCUGUCAGUGUAAAAGAUGUAGUGAAUGAAACAGAGAACAAAGUUGUAGAAGAAGCCACUCAGGUAGAUUCCGCAAAUGUAGAUGGCGAUUGCAAAACAACGAUUGCUGAAGUUUCUACAGAAAAGGGAGGGGAUGAAAUUGCAAUGGACCUUGACUUACCGGAAAAUAUUGAAAUAAUUCAUGAAAACGAAUCUAAAGAAAAAUUAGAUACUGUGGAUAGUAAUAAAGAGACUGACGAAAAGGAUAAUCAGACAGAGAAAACUCAGACUGAAUCAGAUGAAAAAGACUUUGAAUGUGAUAAUUUACUAGACAUAUCUGUAAUACGCGAUGUGGAUGAAGAUAACGCUUGUGCCAUAGCGGAAACAACUGAAACUCAUUCUAGUGAAAAAUCAGAUAUUGAUGAACAAGAAGACAAACAAGAAACUGAAGCUGAUGACAUGGAACUAGAACAAGAAGACACUCAAACGUCUACUGAAAGAGAUGAACCAAUGGAGUUUGAUGACAAUACAAAUUCUUGUGAUCAAGAUACUUCUACAACUGAUAAUUUGAUUAGUGAACCUGUUAGUGAAGGUGAAAAUAAGGAGAACGAACCUGUAGAAAAUGUGCCUAACACUAACAGAUUAUCGGUUGAUGAUGUAACAGAAAUUGAUAGUAACCAAAGUGUUACCGAAAUACAAAAUGAAAAAAUUCCAGAUGUGUCUGAGAAGCCUUCAGACAGCAAUGACUCUGCCAAGCCUGUAGAAGACGUAGCAACAAGCAAACCUCAGAAAGAAGAAGUUCCUAUUAAACCUAAUGAAGAAACGUCUGAGAAACUUAAAGAAAAUGCUGUGGUAAAUAAGAGACCAUUGUCUCAAUCAGAGCCAGAAGGAGCUGCUGCGAAAAAAAUACGACUAGACGAAAAAACUGAGAAAGAGAAAAUUAAAAAACCAGAAGAAAAGAAAAAGUCCAUUUCUACGAAGAACGAAAAGGUAAAAACUUUGAUAAACUUUGAACAAUUCAUGAAAAAACGGAGUUUAGGCGAAGGAAAAUUGACCAGAUCAGAUCUAGAACAAUUUUGUUUACAAAAAAUAUGCGAAGCUAUCAUGCACAAAACGGAAGUAGGAGAAUUGCACCAAACUAUUAAAAAGCAAGAAACCAUUAUAGAAAAUCUUAGAAAAGAUCUUGCACAAUUAACUAAGCAAACUAGAGAUUUAGAUAUUGUAAAUAGAAAACUCAUGAAUGAAAUGAAAGCACAACAUGUUAAUCAGAAGCCUUUGGUACCGCUUAAAAUUACUAGAUCUGUGGGACUCCAAGUUAAAUUGAAUCUUGGUACAGAAACGGUGACUAGAAGGAAAUCAUACACAACCAAUACUCCAAGGACGCCUAACACUCCUACCACUCCUAAUAAUGUAAUAAAUAGAGUUAGAGCUGCACCUCCAGGAAGUAAUGUAGUUCGGCAGGUGGCAACGCCAACAUCCACUGCAAAUUCCCCUCGCAAAACUCCUGGCCAAGCGCCUAUCUUAACACAGGCACUACAAACCCGAACAACAGUUCCAGUAGCAAAACCAUCACCAACAGCAAAACCAUCUCCAACAGCAAAACCAUCGCCAACCGUCAACAAUAAACGGCCUGUUUCAAUAAGGCCCAAAUCAGGUGCAGAAACUGCCAAACCUGCCCAAGCAACCCAACAACAACCAACCCAGCCAUCUGCACCAGCCCAACCACCAGCUCCAGGUGUCAUCGAUCUAACAGACGAGGACGAUAAGAGUGCAAAGACUAUACCUAACAAUACCGUAUCGCAAAAGAACAUUGGAAACAAACCCAACACUGCCCCUGUGAAGUUAUUGAACAAAAACAUUAUGGUGCAGAAUAAGAGCCCCGCCGCAAAGCCCAAUAACGCACCAAAGAAUGUGGGUAAAGCAACAGGAAUGCAAACGAAAGUCGGUAUGCAAACAAAAGUCGGUAUGCAAGCGAGGGCUAUGGCCAAUUUACCACAAGGUGUUCGAUUGACAACUACUCAAAUGAAGAAUGGCAUAACAAUACCGGCUAGUGUCGUUACAUCGAACGCCCAAGGAACGACGCAGCUCAUGUACGUUGUGCAACCUGGUUCUUUAGUUAAUACUACUGCCGGAGGAGGCCAGAAAGCUGUGCUUCUGAAUUUCCAACCAACCAAUGGAGUAUUAACUUCAACAAUAAACGGGUCUACAGUAUCUGUAAUACCUUCAAAAACUACGAACUCAAUGCAAUUAAAAACAAUGUCUGUGACUAGGAAACAUCCCGCGGCGUUACCUCUUCCUCCACCCGUCAUGAUAAAUAACUCAUUAAAGAAGCUCCUUCCAAAACCUCAUUUAAGCAUAAGAAAAACGGACACUGGCAUAAUAUUGCAAUGGCGAAUGCCUUAUAACCUCGAUGAAUUUGAAGGCAUCGCAAGUUAUCAGCUAUUCGCCUAUCAGGAGACAAACGCCCCGCCUAGCACCGAUAUGUGGAGGAAAGUCGGAGACGUCAAAGCUCUGGCAUUGCCGAUGGCAUGCACCCUAACGCAGUUCGCUGAUAAAAACAAGUAUUAUUUCGCUGUACGGUCUGUAGACGUUCACAAGAGGAUAGGUGCGUUCAGUGACCCCGAGGAGAUAUCCUUGUAAAUAAGUUUGACUGUGUAUAUUUCUGUUGUUAAUUUAUGUCGGCAUAUAUUGCGUUACUCUUUAGAAUAAGAAUACAAUUUUUUUAAUUUAUGAAUAGAAAAUAAAUAUGAUGUAUAA